AUGUCCUGGUUGCGUUUACAAAGCCAGAGUUACCACGGACAGAAACUGUCAAGCUGUCCACAGUACGUCAUUGCAGACGAUAAUGACCAUGGCUUUCAGGAUAACAUCGUCAAUCGCUCAUUAAACCAGCCUCCCAUGCCUCGUCAAAGAUCAGCCUGGCUCGCUUACCGCCCGGGUAUCUGCCCCAAGUGCCAUGGAGAUAGAUGCACGUUGCCCUGUCACUGA